AUGUUCCAUGAAACUAUUCCUGUGGCCCUGGAUGGCAAGGAUGUGGUUGCCAUGGCGAGGACAGGGAGCGGAAAGACGGCCUGCUUCCUCAUCCCCAUGUUCGAGAAACUGAAGGCCCGUAGUGCCAAAACCGGGGCACGCGCCCUCAUCCUUUCACCCACCCGGGAGCUUGCUCUGCAGACCCUCAAGUUCACAAAGGAGCUUGGCCGGUUCACAGGUUUGAAAACAGCCCUGAUUCUGGGAGGAGACAAGAUGGAAGAGCAGUUUGCAGCUCUGCAUGAAAACCCUGAUAUAAUCAUCGCCACUCCUGGCCGGCUGGUGCACGUUGCAGUGGAGAUGAAGCUGAAGCUGCAGAGCGUGGAAUACGUGGUCUUUGAUGAAGCCGACAGGCUUUUCGAGAUGGGCUUUGCCGAGCAGCUGAAAGAGAUCCUCGCCAGGCUGCCCGAGAACCGCCAGACGCUGCUCUUCUCGGCCACUUUGCCGAAGCUCCUUGUGGAAUUUGCCCGAGCAGGGCUUACGGAGCCUGUGUUGAUCCGUCUGGAUGUGGAGUCCAAGCUGAGUGAGCAGCUCAAGCUUUCCUUCUAUCACGUGCGUCCGGAUGACAAGCCGGCUCUCCUGCUGUAUCUACUGAGGACGGUGGUCAAGCCCCAGGAGCAGACGAUCGUGUUUGUAGCCACCAAACAUCACGCAGAGUACCUGAAAGAGCUGUUGCUAGCACAGGGUGUGAACUGCACCCACGUCUACAGCUCCCUGGACCAAACGGCUCGCAAGAUCAACAUCGGCAAGUUUACGCACGGGAAGAGCUCGGUCCUGAUCGUCACCGACUUGGCCGCCCGUGGUAUCGACAUCCCCUUGUUGGAUAACGUCAUCAACUACAGCUUUCCUGCCAAGCCGAAGCUGUUCCUCCACCGCGUGGGCAGAGUGGCUCGGGCCGGGCGGAGCGGUACCGCUUACUCCCUUGUUGCACCAGACGAGACCCCUUAUCUUUUUGACUUGCAUCUGUUCCUGGGCCGUCCUCUCAUUCUUGCCAGUCUCCAUGAAAAGCCCACAGACACAGACGGCGUCUUCGGCCGCGUGCCCCAGAGCGUCCUUGACGACGAGGAGAGCCUCCUGCAGACGGACCACGAGCGCUCGGAGGAGCUGCAGAACCUGCGCCGCAUCUCCGAAAACGCCCAGAAGCAGUACCAGAAAUCCCGUCCGGGGCCAUCCCCCGAGUCCAUCAAGAGGGUCAAGGAGAUGGACUUCACCCAGCUGGGCAUCCACCCUUUGUUCAGUUUGCGCUUCGAGGAUGAGGAGAUGGAGCGGCUGAAGUUUGUGGACAGCAUUAAAACAUACCGUUCCAAAGCUACCAUCUUUGAAAUCAAUGCCACCAACAAGACUUUGGCCAGCGACGUCAUGCGAGCCAAACGUCUUCGCGACCGGGUGUUAAUUGACCGACACCAAAGGAAGCAGCAGGAAAAAUUGUCCUUGGCGGCCGCCAAGGCCCCAAUCCCGGCUGCACGGCCUGCUGCUACAGAAGAGGUGGAGGCGGAAGAGCAUAUUCAGGAUGUCUUCUCCAGCAUCGUAGGAGGGAAACGGAAACAAGCCCCAGCAGGGGAAAACACUGGCAAGAAGAGGAGGAAGGUCUCAGUGGAGCAGGACAAAGAUUUCUACAUCCCCUACCGGCCCAAGGAUUUUGACUCCGAGCGGGGACUCUGCAUCGGUGGGGAAGGCAGCGCUUUUGAGCAGCAAGCCUCGGGAGCCGUCCUCGAUCUGAUGGGCGAUGAGAAUCAGAGCAUGAACAAGAACAAACAGCUCCUGAAAUGGGACCGGAAAAAGAAGCGGUUCGUGGGCCAGACGGGCCAAGAAGACAAGAAGAAGAUCCGCACAGAGAGCGGCGCCUACAUCAGUAGCUCCUAUAAAAGCAACCUCUACGAGAAAUGGAAAAAACGGAACCGGAUCGACGAGCAGGACUCUGAUUUGGAGACCGAAGGGGAGCCAAGCGUGGGGAAGAAAAGGCGAGGCAGAGGUAACCCCCCAGGGCCAUCCGCGAAAGGCGGCCGCGGACCCCAGCCGGGCAGAGUCCGCUCCGAGCUGAAGACCAAGCAGCAGAUCUUCAAGGAGAGGAAGAAGAGGGCCAAGCAGCGCUUCCUGCAGAGCGGAGGGCUGAAGCGGCUCAAGGGCCGCGGCCGGCAACGUCUCCAGGAGCUGCGCCAGUCGGCCUUCGGGCGGGGAACCGUCAAGAAAGGCAAAAUGAAGAAGAGGAUGUAGGCGGGGACUCGCCGUGGCUGCCCGUCUCCAGGACCCGCCGGUCUGCUAAUGGUCUAUGCAAACUCUGGGUUUGGAGGGAAAGAAUAAAACAUUUUCUAACCCUUGCAUUAAAGAUAACCGCCUCUGGGAGA